UGUCCUUUGACUUAAACUAACGUUGAUCGGAGCCAGUCGCUUCCGUGAAUAAGAUUAAUGUUUAGCGCGUUAAACUUGGGGAGAUGAGCGCGUCCUAACGGUCUGCAAAUGGACUCACAUCCACGCCCAGCCCUGCUGUGACAAAUGCUCUGGCCGGGCUUUUAAAAGUACCGUGUUGCGGAGUAAGGAUUGGGUUGUAUUUUUGGAACAGUGUGCGGAUCUGAUAGCCUUGUUGGGGCCGUUAUAACGUUUCCAAUAGCCUUUGCGGGAGAGUGAGGGAGACAGAGGCAGGGUGAGGGGAGACGGGGCGCGGGGACUGGGGCUCCGGCAGAGCCCUGCUUAAUUCCACCAAAACAAACAAACAAAAAGAGACCUGACAGCUCGACUGAAGAACAUACCAGAAAUAUAAUUAGGCAAAAAAAAAAAAUGUUAAUUUUCUAUUAGAAAUCAAAAUCGAUUCAGCUUUACAGAGCCAGUUACACUGUCGCCGUCAAUCUGCAAUAUACUGGAAGAAGUUUGAAACUUUCGCAGCCGAACGGAUUAAAAGGGGAGUUUGGAAACAAGCGUGGAUUCGCGGGGAUAAACGGCGAGUUUUGCUUUUAAGUUAGUCCGUAUUAGACGAUCUCGAGGGAAAAUAGUCGGUAUUUAAUUAAAUAGUAUGUACAAAAAAUAACCUGGGUUUACAUUGUAGUAACUACAAAAGAAACUUAUUACAUCUUUAUUAAAUAUCAGACGGGCUUACUUAUGACAAAUUGUCGAAAUUUGCGCUUAUGAGGAAGUUUAUUACAGAGGUCAAAUUAGUUGUUUGGUCCAACUACGUUGAGCAAGAAUGAGUGGAGGUCGCUUUGAGUUUGAUGAUGGCGGAGCCUACUGUGGUGGCUGGGAGGGGGGCAAAGCCCACGGACACGGCAUCUGUACGGGACCCAAGGGCCAAGGGGAGUUCUCCGGCUCCUGGAAUUACGGGUUUGAAGUAGUUGGAGUCUAUACCUGGCCUAGUGGAAACACGUACGAAGGGUAUUGGUCUCAGGGCAAAAGGCAUGGUCUUGGUUUGGAGACGAAGGGACGUUGGGUUUACAAAGGCGAGUGGACCCAUGGAUUCAAAGGCAGGUACGGCACACGGCUCAGCCAGGGCAGCGGUGCCAAAUACGAAGGGACGUGGAACAACGGCAUUCAGGACGGCUAUGGCACUGAGACAUAUGCCGAUGGAGGCACCUACCAAGGCCAGUUCACAGGCGGCAUGCGACACGGCUACGGCGUCCGGCAAAGCGUGCCGUACGGCAUGGCUGCAGUGGUGCGCUCCCCCCUGCGCACCUCCCUCACCUCCCUGCGCAGUGAGCACAGUAACGGCACCCUGCUGCAGCAGGACGUCCCCGUCAUCACUACGACCAACGCUGCCGGCCAGGAGACGCCGCUCAAGGCCCCGGCCGCAGGUGGUCCCUCCCGUGGGGGGUUCGCCCUGACUCUGCACGUGGACCCAGACGUGGCCAAGCCCAAGAAGAAGGGCCUGUUUCGCCGAGGGUCUCUGCUGGGCAAGCUGACCAAGUCGGAGUCUCGUACCUCUCUCUCCAGUCAGAAGAGCCGGCUCAGCUUUUUGCGGAGUGACUCUGCCCUCAGCUCCGCUGCCAGCGACGCCAACUCGACCAUCAGCCUGGGCGACGAGAGCGAAGCAGCUGAGAACUUUCCACCCCUAGAGCCUGACAUCGAUGCCACCACCACCGAGGUCUACAUGGGCGAAUGGAAGAACGACAAGCGUUCCGGCUAUGGCGUCAGCGAGCGAUCCAGCGGUCUCAAGUACGAGGGCGAGUGGCUGGACAACCAGCGGCAUGGCUACGGAUGCACCACCUUUCCCGAGGGUGGGAAGGAAGAGGGCAAGUACAUGAACAACAUGCUGGUGAAGGCCAUGAAGAAGAGAGUCAUUCAGAUCAAGGGCACCAAGAUCAGGCAGAAGGUGGAGCGCAGCGUGGAAGGAGCUCACCGAGCGGCCGCCAUCGCCAAGCAGAAGGCUGAAAUCGCCGCAUCCAGGACUGCCCACGCUAAGGCCAAGUCAGAAGCAGCUGAGCAAGCUGCCAGGGCAUCGAACAGUGAGUCCAGCAUCGCCAGGACGGUGGCCAGGGAGCUGGCGCCCACCUUCCACCAGCCAGGACCAGAGUACCUGAAAAAGAGGGUACUGAAGGAGAUUGCAGAGGAUAAUGAGAAUGCAGAGAGUGUUGUACCAGAGCCUCUACUUGCAGAGGAACGCCCUCCAACACCCCCUGAGAGCCCUCAGUUGCACGUGAUGGAUAAUAUUGAUUCCUGCCAAACUCGCACGCCCUCCCCUGGACCCCCCACCCCCGCAGAGUUCAGGCAAUCCAAGCAAAGCACCAGUAAGGAGGACCCCAACCUGUUGAGCCCCGGUGUCUGGAAUGGAGAAAAGAGUAGCCGAGGGGGUGGCAGCCGUCCCAGCAGCAGGCCAAGCAGCAGGUCAAGCAGCCGACCCACCACGCCUUCUUCUUCUGCUGUGCCUGCCCCAGCUUCCGAGGAAGGCCGCAAGCCCUCACGUAGCCCCAGCCGGCAGAGCAGCAGGGCCCAGCAGGGCAGCGACCUGGAGAUCAAGCCACUGCAGAAGACAGACUCCGAGUCGAAGGUGGCUGAGCCCCAGCCCAGUUCUUCAGCGAGAAACAGUCAAGUGUAUUCCACUGAUGAAGAAGACCAGGCUCUAGCCUCCAAAGGGCCUUCCAAAUCGACUACCCCUGAGCCCAAAACAGAUCUCAGACCCAAAACAGAGACACGGGAGUCCUCCCACGAGUGUCUGCCUUCUGCCACAGAGGAGAAACCAGAGUCAAAUGAGGAAGGGAGGAAAGAACGGAAGGAAACAGUUAAGGUAGAGCUGAAACUACCUGCAAGAUCUGAGCCCACACCACCCCCUAGACCAGCUCCAAAAGCAGAGCCCAAGCUGGAAGUAAAAUCAGAGCUCAGACCAGAAGUCAAACUAGAACCCAAGCCAAUAGCUAAACUAGAGCCUAAGCAAGAACCAAAACCGUUGCCCAAAGCAGAGCUUAAAACUUUGCCCAGACCUGCUGGCAAACUGUUGUCCAAGAUAGAACCCAGAAUUGAUAUCCGGGCUAAGCCCAUUCUCAGGGCUCCCACUGACAUGAAAGAGGCUGAAGAGGGGCCAAAUACAAUCAUGAUUUGUAUGGUCAUACUGCUGAACAUUGGUCUAGCCAUUCUCUUUGUCCACAUCCUGUCAUGAGAUGGUGCAACCCUGGCCACAUGGGGAUUUUUACAGGAUGUCAUCUGAUCCUGCUUUCUGAGGAAGAUCACCUCCUUUCCAGGCAAGAACCACGAACAACCAUGAAAGCAAAGGACCAUCUGUUUACGUGGACAGCCCAUCUGCAGGCCAUAACGAUGUAAGGCCAAAAAUGGCAUUUUAUCUGCAGCUCGUUGGAAAGAUCUGAUAUUUGUUGACCUAACCAAGAAUAGGUAGAGCAUUUCAAUUAAUUUCGGGGUUUUAAGACCAUGCAGGAGAACCUGAGAGAAGUGCCAACAUCAGUAAUGUGACUCACUGCAUGGAAUCUGUGAGCCUACACAUCAAGGGCAUUCCUCAGGGGACGAUAGCCUGCCAUUGUUUUAUGUGCACUCAGACUGUGCAGGUCUUGAUGAAAGCCUUCAUUCAUAAAUUAAUAACUGCCAGUAUGCAAGUGACUUUACGAUUAAUAAAUCGCAAUAAUAUUCUGUUUACAUUGUGGGAAUUUUACCACAGGUGAAAUGAGUCAAAAGAAAAUAAUAACUUUGUUUUGACAUGUUUUACUUUGAGUUGGAGCUGUAUUAGGUAGUUGUUUGGAUAAACGGGAACUGAACAUGUACACUAAUAUGUUACAGACAGCUAUUGAAGACUUAGUAUAGGAAAGACACUCUCACAAUCACCCACUAGAUUCUUCAGUGAUACUCAUCACAGCUUGUUUUUACAUGAAAAGAGAAAUGCUUUGUGUCGUUACACACAGAUAUUUCAACAGUGACUCAGCAAGCUGUCUUAAGUCUAAUUAAUAUUUAGUCAGCCAGAGAGGGAGACAUCUCUAGGUACCAUGGAAAAGGAUUAAGAGCUCUAUGAUUACAACAUACAUCAAUCAGAUGAGUCUGUGUAACCGUUAGGAACUAACACCUCUACAAAACAAUGGCAAGUCACAGACAGCCUCAAGUCACUAUGCAGUUACAAGGGAAAGAAGUUGUUAAUGACAUUAAAAACGUUUCAUAAAAAUAAAUGGAAAUGUCAUAAUAAUAAUGCAUGUGAUAGCAGGAAGAGCUUUUUACUGAGAAGAGUGAAUGGUAAAGGUCAUGGAGAAGAAGAAGUUAUUAAAUUUAAAUGCCUACACAACUCCUGUCCAGUCCGGGAGGUUUCAGGCAGUAACUUACUACAUAAAUAAACAAAUUAUUUUCACACAGGUGAAGAGUCUUUUGCACUUGAAAAUACAUCUAGACAUGAACUAUGACACAUAAUUUUUUAUGUCACAAAGUGUUUUCUACUGCUGCAACGCGAAGGUUUUAUGUGGCACACUAGAUGGUAUUUGUUAAGAAUAGUUGCUCUUAGUCUGUUUUACAGAACAAAAAAACAUCUAUAGUUUAUGGAUAUUGUUACAAAAACAUAUUUAUAAAGGAAAACUGGUCAUGUAACAAAACCAAGCAGGUUUUAUGAGCAUGUGUUCACAUUGUAGUGCGUGUUUUUGUACCCUUUUAAAGUUUGUAUGUUUCAAUGGUAUUGUAGUGUUUGCAAUAAAUGUGAAUGUAAAAUUCAGUACUGCUGUUUACCCUAUUAGAGCCCUAAGGUUACCUCAGGGUUGCUAGAUGAAGGAACACGUAGUGUGCUUGAUGUUAGAGGGGAGGAAGUGCUGAAAAUUCCUGUUUGUGCCAAAGGAAUAAGUUAUGUUGUUUUCUAAAUAGAAGGACAACACAGACACAUGUCAUGCAAGGGCUGAAUUCAGUGUCAGAUAGCUGAAUGGAUUAAUACAUUACUUGUAUUCCCACGUAUGAAUGCUAAAUGGAAUCUGCUGUGGUCACAGUGUUCACAAGUUUCAAGUAAUGUCUUACUAAGAGCAUCAUGCAGGGGGGAGGUCAGGUCUAACUGCAAAUAUUCACAAAUAUUACCCAGAUGUUGUGUAUUGGCAAGUACUCUGAGAGUAUUAUUACAAUUUUUCCCAUUUGAGAAAUUUGAAGCAGUGAGAGAAAUGUGUGAUGAUGUUCACAAUGUUGCUUUAGACUUUCAACCAAAAUGCAUCUUAAUUGUAUCCCAGAGGAAACAUUUAUGUACGCGUUAUGAAGUUGACAAUCCAUUUUAUCACAUUUUAAAUUAUUGGAAUGAAUGGUCCUAUACUAAAGUACACAUUUUAAAAUAAAGGUAUUUUUCAAAUGCUC